GAUUAUGCUGUGUCAGAAUAGCUUGCUUUGCUUGCUUUGUGCGCACAAGUAGCAGUUGUGCAGUCGUGUUGCAUCCUGUAUGCAGGAACCGUUGCGCGCCAUGCGAUGCCGAGCAACACGUAGUGAUUGCGUAUGAUUGCUCCGACCGCUUCCACUGCUCCAGAUAUUACGUGCAAUCUCCACAUAAGAUUUGUAAACUGACGCCGAGUAAAAUUCUGCACGAUGAACGCAAAUGUGCUCCUAAUAUUUCUGAGUAUUUUUGCCGCCAGCUGUUCCAGCAAUGAAAAUCUUGAUUUAGGCACGAUUGUUUUCGCGAAUGUUCUGUACAGACAUGGAGAUAGAACUCCUGUUACAAAUUAUCCCAAUGAUCCGUAUAACGAAACAUCUUGGCCAGUUCCAUAUGGACAGUUAACAAACAUUGGGAAACAUCAACACUUACUUCUUGGACGAUGGCUGAAGAAUCGAUAUUCUCAUCUCUUAAGCGAUCUUUACACGCCACAUGACAUCUACAUUCAGAGCACAGAUGUAGAUCGUACACUGAUGUCGGCCGAAGCAAAUCUGGCUGGGCUUUAUCCACCGGUGCAGAACCAAAUCUGGGACAGCAUCAAAUGGAUGCCGAUUCCAGUGCACACAGUCCCGGAAAAGCAGGAUUAUGUCUUAAGGGCCAGCAAGCAUUGCACGCGGUACAAUCACGAACUAAACAAGGUGUUAACAUCGCCAGAACUGGAACACAUAAAUAAAGAAAAUGCAAAGCUGUAUGCCUACUUAACAAAAAAUUCUGGAGGAAAAAUAUCUUCGUUGGAAGAAGUUGAACGCUUAUAUGACAUUUUGUACAUUGAGAAUUUAUACAACAAAACUCUGCCGGAAUGGACAAAGUCGGUGUUUCCGGAUAAGCUGAAGCCACUCGCUAUACUUAGUUUCAUGACAGAGACAUAUGAUAAGAUACUUCAGAAAUUGAAGUCAGGUCCACUGCUUGGAGAAAUGAUAAACCACAUGGUCAAAAAGGCGCAAAAGACUUUAAAACCUGACAGGAAGGUUUGGGUCUACAGUGCUCAUGACGAAACUGUGGCAAAUAUGCUGAUGACUUUGAACUUAUUUGAGCCUCAUUGUCCGCCAUACGCCGCUACGAUUCUCAUGGAAUUAAGGACAAACUCUAAAAACGAGUAUUUUGUGACGGUUUCUUAUAAAAACAGCACCGAGGAACCAAUACUUAUGACGUUAGAAGGCUGUACUACUUUAUGUCCUUUAGAUAAAUUUGUUAAUUUAACGAAAAGUGCUGUGAUCGAGACACUUCAAGAGUGGGAGUUAGAAUGUUUAAUCACAUGGGAUGACCUAACGAUACAUAACAAAUUUUGGAGUGUCAUGGAAGCUCGGAACGAUAUUUCAAACAGAACUCUGCAAUGGUAUUGGAAUAAACUGCGGCCUGAGGAAAAUGCAACCGACAAACAAAUUGAAGAUCAAGAAUCCACAAUCUCUUCUGGGCAGCGAACAAUUACAAGUCUUCCUGGAUACAAAGACAUCUCUGAUAAUGUUAAUAUCUGGCAGGAAAUAGACAAAGGCGAUUUGAGAUACAAGAUCUUGCCUGACAAUGAGCUUAUUACUCAUGUGCUCAAGUCAGAUGAAACCGAUAAAUCUGAAACUUAUGAAGAUAUUUCAGAAGAUAUGCCGACCACCAUCAGUCACAAGGAAGCUGAAAAUAUGAUGACGAAAAUUAUAGAUUGGUAUGAAAACCAAGAGGAGGCAGAGCCGCUGCAGCUAAUAUCAUUGCGUAAAAUUCGCAAUCUUGCAAGCCAGAAAUGACGAUAAACAAUAAGCAAUCCUGGUAAUUUUUAUGUUAAUGCUACUUUUACUGGCCUCAUUAGUGAUGGCUUUCAUGUUUUGGCCUCGUAAGAGCGAACAGAGACAGUAUUACUUUCGCUUAGUUACGCAUAGUUAUGACGAGGUCAUAUAAUCAAUAUUAGCCUAAAAUAAUGCAGCGACUUAUUGAAAAAUAUGGUUAAUCAUUAAUUCAUAUUGAAAUUGAGACGAAAUAUUUUAUACAUGUUAUAAAUUAGAUUGAAAAUUUCGUAAUUUGUUCUAUUUAAGAAUGCUGUUUUAUGACAAAUAGCACGGUUUGAUCUCACGAUAUUUUUUUCGUAGAUACCGUGAUUUUUACACGGAAUGAGUUUUUUUUUCAUAUUUAGUGCAUCUAUGUGAUAAUAUGAUUAAUCAUCAUUGUGCUAUUAUUGCCUAUAGAUAUGUUUUGAACUUGCUCAUUUUCGCUCUAGAAGAUACGCUCUAAUUUUACUUUGAAAGAUAUUAAUUUACAUUAUAAGUUAUUACUAAUAAUUUGUUACGAACUAAGAAAAAUCAGGUCUCAUCAUUGACAUAAUAAUAGUUUAUAUCAUACGUUUAUAUAUACAAAAAAUAAUAUUCCGAAAGAAAUAGAGAGGGAUAGCGAUUUUUAAAUUUUGACAACUUAAAGGAGACAAAUAUUCAGGUACUUUUAUAAAAAGAAAAAUCAUUAUUUGUAAAAAUAUGUUGUAUCGCCUGAUUUAAAAAUGAACGGAUUUUAUACAAUAAACAUGUAAAGUAAUUAGUUUGCGAAAUACAAUAGGCGAUGGAUGAAUUUCGUAAUACGUACUAUAGAUUUAUGUGAAACAUAAACUUUUUUUAGAACAAAAUCGCUAUAUGAAUUAGUUAUUGUUGCUGUUAACUAUACGAUACAUGUGAUAAUGCAAUAUAUACAACAUAUGCAACAUAUGCAACAUAUUGUAAUGAUUGUCUAGUCAUGAUGUAUCGAACUUGGACAUUGCGUUUGUAUGCAGCGAACUUCUUUUUAUAUAACAUAACAGUAACUCGAAAGAGAAGGGGUUAAUGUAUAACACUGCCUAAACAAACAUUUAGUUGCGAAAAUCCAGUGCUGGAAUAGAGAUGUAACAAUGAUUAUUCAAAUUAUGACGCAAUGUAUAGAAUAUAUUUUGCAUUUUUAACAAUUGAAACUGCACGAGUGCAGUUAUACAUCUGCGACUUACAACAUACGAAUCAUGUUCCUGUUUUUUUAAUUUGAUCUUACAACUUGGUUGUUGUUUGCAACUAAGUGCGUGUCGAAUUAUUUUAGAAUAUUUACAAGUAAAACGUAUAUAUAUGUGUACGGGUAUCUUAUUAAAAAUAUUUUUGUGAUGUUUCAAAUAAUAUAGUGUAAUGUGUAUUGAGCGACGAACUGUUUUAUGGCACUUAAUGCCGUUGAAGAUAAUUAACACAUGCGAUACGCUAAUGUCAUUUAUUUUAUAUGUAUAAAACAAUAAAACUUAAUUCAUUUAA